GGUACAUCAUCAUGGCUUCACCAUUCUCUGAGGUGGGCCUUACAUGGCUUCCGUAUUUCAUCGUUGCUCUCUUUACUUGGUUUCUUUUAUCUUCAGUUUUCUCUUGGUAUCGUCUUCGACAUAUACCGGGUCCUUUCUUCGGCAGGUUCUCAUACCUAUGGUUGGCUUACAUCACCAUCACUGGCACACAACAUGAUCACUUGGUCAAUCUCAAUCGCAAAUAUGGACCCAUCGUCAGGGUUGGACCUAACGAGGUCCUUGUCGAUGACCCAGGCUUGAUCCGAAAGGUCUCAAGUACUCGAAAUACAUACACCAAAGGAAAUUGGUAUCAUGGCGGCAAAUUCAAUCCAUAUCACGACCCCAUGUUCCAGAUAACAGACCCAGUCCAACACGAUCGCGUCAAAGCCAAGCUAUCUCCAGCCUACAGUGGACGCGAUGCUCCGAAUCUUGAAGCCGCUGUCAACAAGCAGGUUGAGAAUUUGAUUGAACUAAUCAAAGAUAAAUAUGUUUCUACACAGGGAGACUAUCGUCCAAUUGAAGGAACCAAAAUAACUCGCCUUUUUGCGCUUGAUGUUAUAUCCAAUCUAUCUCUUGGUCAAGAAUUUGGUUAUCUCAAGGCUGACUCAGACUUUCACGGGAUUGCCAAGGCGCUCAAUGAACAUGUGAUGGUCAUGACGCUUGCAACGGACAUUCCUUGGUUGAGAAACUUGAUCUUUUCUCCUCUUUUUCUCAAGCUCUUUGGUCCGACGGAGAAAGAUACCAAGGGAAUUGGCCCGUUGAUGAAAGUCGCGAACACCAUUGUUCGUGAGCGUUACGCUCCAGAGGCUGAUGAGCACCACGAUAUGCUGGGCUCCUUCAAGAGACAUGGUUUAACACUAGAAGAAUGUCAGGCUGAGGCUCUGUUCAUGUUUCUAGCAGGAUCAGAAACCACAGCCACUGUCAUACGGGUUAUACUUCUUUACAUUGUCGCUUCUCCUCACAUAUAUCAGCGCCUGAGACAAGAGAUCACCGAAGCGAUAUCUGAAGGCCGAGCUUCGAACCCAAUCACUGACAUUGAGUCUCGACAAUUACCGUAUCUCCAGGUUUGCUAUACCGCCAGAUUCCAUAUAAACAUGCUAACAUUGGCUGAACAGGCAGUAAUCUACGAAGGAAUUCGAAUUCGUCCAGCUACAACAGGCAUGUUCUUCAAAGACGUCCCAGCCGGCGGAGAAACCAUGCAUGGAAAGUAUAUCCCAGCAGGCACAUCAAUCGGCAUCAACGCAUCUUCCCUCCUACGCUCCGAAGUACUUUUCGGGCCUGAUCCACAAGUCUUCCGACCAGAAAGAUAUCUUGAAGUUGAUAAGGAGACCAGUGCUCAGAUGAAGCGAGAUGUUGAGAUUGUGUUUGGUUAUGGACGGUGGAUGUGUGCUGGAAAGCCUAUUGCGUUUAUGGAACUGAACAAGGUUAUCUUUGAGCUUCUCCGGGUUUUUGAUUUUCAGCUUGUUGAGCCUGAGGUGGCGAUGAGGUCGGAGAGUUACAUGGUGUUUCAUGAUGAAAAUCUGAUACUCAGGGUCACAGAGGCAGAGCAUAAAUAGGGACGACGGGUUAUAAAUCACUGCUCUUCUCAGGUCACUACCUAUUUACUGUUCAGGGCAGCUGGAAGAUCGGCAGUAUUCUCGGCCAUUUAGGGAAGUGUGUAGCGUGGUAAAGGCUACUAUGGUAGAAUUACAAGGUUGAGGGGUUGGGAGAAGCUUCAGACUUCUCUGCGCACAUACAAUCUUGCUUAUUCAAUUAAAUCAUGACACAGAAGCUAGGAUGAGAGUAGCUAAGCUUGUUACUACCGAAGUAAAAGUCUCGGGG